AGUGCUCACGCCCGUACCUGUUCACAACCUGAGGGACUGAAACACCUGUCACACAGAGCAUUUACUACCCACUGAGUGGCACACUGUCACACACUCCUGCCCGACGACAGUCCAUCUGGAUAUAAAGUGAUAACAGGAGGUCUGUAAAGAAACAAAGAAGAGAAACUUCAAGAACAGCCAUGUCAAACGAGGGGGAUAGAGCAGCUGUGUUCAAAACCACCAAAGUGCGGACCAAGCUGAAGGGAGACAGCAGCUGGUUGCAGCGCCGCAGUGAACCUCAGGAUGAAAGAAAAGAGGAGAAACCUUGGUUGGCUGAAGUAAGAGCGAGCCGCUUGAACGGAGCCUCCCUUGAAACCAGUCCAGUAUCCUCCCCAACAAAACCCACUGCGUCUCCCAUCGUGUCUGACACUGAAAAAGCACCUACAUCAGGAUACCUGAUCAGAGGCGUUUUCACUAAAACAGAGAAGCCUGCUUCAUCCUCAACAUCUAACGGCAUUAGUGGAACAACACAAUUCACCAAAAAACCUUCAGAGAGCUACAAGAGAAUAGCCCCACACACUGUGAGGUCCGCUUCAGAGACCCAGGAAGGCACACUCAGUCCCGAGGAGCAGGAGAAACGGACGGAAGCAGCCAGUAAUGUUCUGAGGAAAAGUGCAGGAAGGCAGCGGUCUUAUGUACUUUCAGCUGCUAAGUUUUACGAGUCUAAAGAUAAAACAGCUGACACUUCAUUGGUCAACAACAGUACAUCCUUUGUGGCUAAAAGGGUGGAGAUUACAGAUGAUGAUGAGAGUGUCGCUGCUCCAGCACCUGUUAGCCCUCCACCCCCUUCCACUGAUACCCCCGACACACACACUGCCGCUGUGCCUGAGCCCAAACCACGGAAAAUAGUCGACGCUAGUGCUAAAGUAUCUCCUGAAGUCACCGAUAAUGAGCCAGUUGCUCCAAAGGUAGAGGAAGCUGCUCUAGAGGCCAUGAAAGAAGAAGAUCCAGCUCCAGUAUCUGUAACAGAAAAAGACCCCUUUGAAGGCAUGACACCAGGUUGCACCAAAGUGGCCACUCCUCUACCUGAACUCAUCCCUGAACUUGUUCAAGCAGUCUGUACAAAACCUGAUGACUCAAAGGCUGCUGAGUCACCUGUAGCUGAAGCCGCUCCACCCUCACCUACUCCAACUCCCCCACCUGCUGCUUCAGCUGUCCCAGAAUCACCUGCCCCACUGACUCCUGCCAUAGUGUCUCCUGCAUCUGUGUCCGUUGUCACAGUGAAGACAGAACCUGAACCUGAACUUAAAGUGGAAGCUGAACCAGAGCCUGAACCUAAAGUAGAAGCUGAACCAGGACAUGAACCAGAGCCUGAGCCUAAAGUAGAAGCUGAACCAGCACCUGAACCUGAAGUAGAAGCUGAACCAGAACCUGUAACUAAAGUAGAAGCUGAACCAGAACCUGAACCUAAAGUAGAAGCUGAACCAGAACCUGUAACUAAAGUAGAAGCUGAACCAGAACCUGAACCUAAAGUAGAAGCUGAACCAGCACCUGAACCUAAAGUGGAAGCUGAACCAGCACCUGAACCUAAAGUAGAAGCUGAACCAGAACCUGUAACUAAAGUAGAAGCUGAACCAGAACCUGAACCUAAAGUAGAAGCUGAACCAGCACCUGAACCUAAAGUGGAAGCUGAACCAGAACCUGAAUCUAAAGUGGAAGCUGAACCAGCACCUGAACCUAAAGUAGAAGCUGAACCAGAACCUGAAGUAGAAGCUGAACCAGAACCUGUAACUAAAAUAGAAGCUGAACCAGAACCUGUAACUAAAAUAGAAGCUGAACUAGAACCUGUAACUAAAGUACAAGCUGAACCAGAACCUGAACCUAAAGUACAAGCUGAACCAGAACCUGUAACUAAAGUAGAAGCUGAACCAGAACCUGAACCUAAAGUAGAAGCUGAACCAGCACCUGAACCUAAAGUGGAAGCUGAACCAGAACCUGAAUCUAAAGUGGAAGCUGAACCAGAACCUGAGCCUAAAGUAGAAGCUGAACCAGAACCUGAAUCUAAAGUGGAAGCUGAACCAGAACCUGAACCAUCUUCAAACCUGAGCUCCAAUGUUGACACACUGUCAGCUUUGUCUGACACCCUCAUUUCUUUCGGCACAAGCCCAAGCAGCUUGAUGGAGGAUGAGCCAGUGCUGGAAAAGGAAGAAGGAGGCUCAGUGAACAUUGACACAGGGAAUGGUGUUGAACAGGAGCCAACUCCAAAGCUCAGCAACUGUGAACCAAUAACAGACGAUCUCCUGUUCCUCAAUAAUGGCCCAGAGCAGUCAGCAGAGCCUGUUCCCCCCAGCCCAGGACGCUGGAGUCAGGAUCUGCUUAGUGGGCUAGAUAGUGGGACAGACCCAGCCAAGACCAGUGGCACUGUGGGUCUCCUGGUCAAUGACAUUGACACUGAUGACGUUAUAAUUACCACACAGACACGCAGCCUCAGCAUGGAGCGAGAGGAGGAGAAGCAGACAGAUGAGACAGCCAAAGAAACACAAAGCCUCACAGAGACAGCCACUAUCACCACCAAAACUGUGAUCAUUACUGACAAAAGUGAAGAGGAAAAUGCAGCUCCUCAGAGUUCACGUGUCAUUACCACAGUCACUGAAUCAAGCUCGGCUGAUCCGUUUGAUCCAUAUCCGAUAGGGACCACAUCCCCUAACAGCUCCUCUGACCUGCUCCAGCCUCUCUCAGAUAUUCCCAUCAACAGUGCUUCACUUAUUUCCAUAAAGAACGAAGAUCCAAGUCCAGAAAUAAACAUGAGCAGUAAAACAUUGGAGUCCCUUGCAGAUGACAUCAUUCCCAUCGAUACUGACACCAGAAGUCUCAGCAGUCACCGGUCAUGGGCACGCACAUGGGAAGUGAACCCACCUCAGCAGACAAACACAGACGAGAGCCGAGAAGCUGAACCAGAGGGCCAAGCUGAAGAUCAACAGACGGUGGUCAUGUUUGAGAGAAAGUCCAAAGAAAAUGAUUCCCCAUGGGACAGGUGGACGUCGCCCACUGUCUACACCAUCAAUACAGAAGAGGAGGAGGAAGAGAAAGAAGAAGAAAGGCCAGAGGAUACACAGACAGAAACAGUGACAACUAUCACCACUGUCAGGGAGAUACACAGUGAGCCUGAGCCCGCUAUGGAUCGUUAUGAAACCUACUCUAGGACUGUGACAGAAGAAAACCAGCAAGUCCAAACACCAGAGCCCAAAAAGGGGUUUGUAUACUUGAAAGAGUAUGUUAGUGCAACAGAGCUGUCCUUGCAUAACACCAAAGACUACCCCAGCAGUGGGUCAGAUUAUUUGACGUCCAGCUCUGCCAAUUACUCCUACAGUAGCCCCUCCAAAUUCUCCAGUGGCUCCCUGUCAUCCAAGUGUACAUACUGCGGAGAGCCGGUGGGCAGCGAUGCCAAGAUCACCAUUGAGCACCUCAAUAUCAACUGCCACCCUUCCUGCUUCAAGUGUGGCGUGUGUGGCAGACCUAUGGGAGACCUUCUCUACAAUAUGUUCCUACAUGGUGGAAAAGUCCACUGUGAGAGUUGUUACAGCAAAGCUUUUGACUGAUUAUCAAAGCUCUUCAGCAGCCUCUUAUCCUCAUCCCCUUCCCCUCAUGUUCAUUAGCAUAUAAAGUGAGAAGCGGCCUUUUGACAAAGUUUAGACAGAGUUCAGUUUAAACUUAGGAUUGAUGGUUUAGGGUGAUCAAAGAGACUGUUAUACUGAACAUGACUACUGAACACUUGUUCCUAUGGCAUUGUUUUACUUUCAAAACCUUGUGUUGUUAUUCCUGGUGGUGAAAUCUGUAUCUGCCUCUAAACUAUGAAGGAUAUGUCUGUAAAACAGUGUCUCUGCAGUUAACUGUGAACAGACUAAUACUGGCAAAUGGGAUAUUAUUAGAAUUUAGCAACAGUAGUUAUAGAAGCAAUAUACUUUGUUAAAACAUUUUAUUCAUUUGUUCUUCAUACAAAAUAUUGUACAAUGCUUUGUUAAAAUAAAAUGCUUUACAUGA